GAAGAAAAUGGUCACGGAAUUGAACGAAAUGAACCUCAAGACGAGAAUAUAUAAUGACGGAGUUCUUUACUCUCAAAUAGUUUUUCUCAUCACCAUCAAUCACAACAACAAUCACUGAGAUCUUCUCACCAACAACACUUGCAUCUUCAGCUUCAGCUCACUUACACAACCCACCAAUCACAUCAAUCCAUAAAAAUGGCCGCUCUCAUGAUCAAGCCCACUGUCGGCCCCAAGGUCCUCCCUGUUCUCAUCGCUGUUGGAAGCAUCUCUGUUGUCGGCGGCUACGUUCGCUCGCAACUCACAAACCAAUCCCGAACAUUCGAUCGCUACUUUAGUCAAUACAACACCACAAAGAGCGAAUCUGUUCGUGCAAAGACUUUCAACGGUUCUGUUCCUGAUCCCCGAACAAGCCUGUUCAACGUUCUCGGCUGGUAAUUUUGGGUAUCAUUGGGAUGGCGUUUGGAACACUGGUUUUUGGACAUGGGGCGUUGGAAUCUGCCUUGUCAAUAAAGUUGUCAUAGAUACGAAUAAUUAAACAUUUUUACCAAACCCACAUG